UUAGUUUCACAAUUAAUUCGACGCAUUUCGUUAGAGGCACUUUAGCUUAUUGACACUUGGAAAGCUUUGAAUAAAACACAAGCGAAUAAACUGCGCGCCAGAGCACAACAUGAAGCUCAGCGUGGUUUUACUAAUACUAAACUUUGGUGCAACUCUACUCCUAUUAACCCAGGCUUCACCCUACAGUCCAUGGCUAACUACACAGAAUCACGGUCCACUCUAUGAAGGUGUGAAGCUGCUCGUUUCGGACGCCGAGUUUCAGGCGGAGUUGACUUGGAAUGAAACUGAAUUUCAGCUGCUUGAAGCGGUAACUGCUAUGCAGGGCACCCAGACACUACUCGAUGACUAUGAACCACUAAUAGAAGAACGUCUUAACGCACGGCUACUCGCUACGCGUUCCAACACCGCUUACCAACACUGUUACUUGCAACACGAUUACGCCAUUGAAACGUUUGAGCAAGAACUUACGCUUAAACUCCAGCGCUGCAGAGCAAAAUUGACACAAAGUUUAACUGUUUUGCAGGAUGAAUCCAAUAGUGAGCUCAAUUUCAUACGUGAUGCUGCAGCAGAAGCGCGCGAUGUGCUUGAAAUUUGUAAUGUGGCUGAGCUGAAAGGUAGAGCGAGCGAUAGCGAUCACGCUGGCAUAACGAUGUGUGUGAUCAGUCGAGUUGGUGCGCUGGAUCAACAUCUCUCGGCGGCAGCUGAAAGCUUCUUAGAUUUACUCGCCACGGAGGUGAGCGCUGAUGAUGCGGCUGAGGGCAAUAGCUGUGAAGCAUUUGAGGAACUGCGUCAGCUAUUCGAUACCGUUUAUGCAGACAUUAGUGAGUGUGUGGGAGAGUGGGAUGUCUGAGAAUUGAAAUAUAUGUAUAUAUUUAUCUGAAAGCUUA